AUGACCCUACAAGAUGAAUAUUAUUAUACUCAUUUUAUAACUGAGGAAACUGAGACUCAAGGUCAUUCAUCCAAAAAAGAUAAUUUAGCAGUCACUGCAGUUGCUUUACAAGAUCACAUUUUACAUGAUCUUCAACUUCGAAAUCUUUCAAUAGCAGAUCAUUCUAAGACAAAGGUACAACAGAAAAUGAACAGAUCCAAAUCUCUAAAAAGAGAUGCAAAAGCAAUAACAGAUACUGGACUUAAGAAAACCACACCAAGCCCCAAGGUAGAAGAUCCAGAAAAAGAAUAUGUUCUUGAUCCAAAACCUCCACCAUUAACUUUAGCACAGAAGCUGGGACUGUUUGAACCUCCUCCAUUGCCACUUUCAACAGAUGAAUGGGAAAAAGUGAAACAAAGAUCUAUCACACAAGGGGAUUCUAUGCAGCCAUGCCCAAUCUGUAAAGAAGAGUUUGAAUUGCAUCCCCAGGUGCUGCUUUCAUGUUCCCAUGUAUUUCACAGAGCAUGCCUUCAGGCUUUUGAAAAGUUCACAAAUAAAAAAACCUGCCCUCUCUGUAGAAAGAACCAAUAUCAAACCAGAGUGAUUCAUGAUGGAGCCCGGUUAUUCAAAAUCAAAUGUGCAACAAGAAUUCAAGCCUAUUGGAGAGGACAUGUUGUUAGAAAAUGGUACCAAAAUCUAAGGAAAACUAUACCACCCAAAGAUGCCAAAUUAAGGAAAAAUUUCUUUGAAGAAAAGUUCACAGAAAUCAGUCACCGAAUAUUAUGUUCCUAUGACACAAAUAUAGAUGAGCUCUUUUCAGAAAUUGACCACUGCUUAGCUAUAAAUAGAAGCAUUCUUCAGCAGCUGGAGGAAAUGUGUGGUCAUGAAAUUACAGAAGAGGAUUGGGAGAAAAUUCAAAUUCAGGCACUGCAUCAGGAAAUCUAUGAAUGCUCCAUUUGCCUCACCCCACUCUCAUUUAACAGCAGUUUCCACAGUGGAUCUUCAGGGAAAAGCCGUAAUGAGCAUCCUCGUGAGACUGUUCUGUUGUCUUGCUCACAUAUGUUUCACCACACUUGUCUUCUCGCUUUAGAAGAGUUCUCCUUGGGGGUAAUAUAUACUUGCCCUCUAUGCCGCUCUUGCUAUCAAAAGAAAAUCCUUCAAUGCUAA